AUGUCUUCGACACCCCUCUCCGCGCCACAUAGGGAGGCAAACACUUUCACGCAAUCGCUGCCAUGUCGGAGGGGCUUCUCGACGACCAGCUCAAACCAGGCCUGGGAUAUCUUGAAGAGGGCGCGGCGACUCGCCCAACUGCCCCCACCCGCACCGACCGUCACAGCAGAAGAGAGCUCCGUAGGCGGGACAGGAUUCAGCAGCAGCCUAGGACGCAGCAUGAGGCCCGCCAACGAGCUGAAGAUGCGCUGCACCGAGCUGGACGAGCACGGCAACGUCACGCUCGUGAGCGGCGAGUUCAAGAAGAGCGAGUUGAUCGCCAAGUAUGGCCUUCUCCCUCGAGAUCUGCGUAAAAUUGACUCCUCGCUCCUCCCGCAUAUCCUCGUCCGCCCCUCGGCCAUCCUGAUCAACCUGCUCAACCUCCGUGUCCUCCUCAAGCACAACCGCGUCCUCGUCUUUGACGCAUAUGGCACCACAGACUCGAAAUCACAGUCUGUCUUCAUGUACGAUCUAGACCUCAAGCUGCGCCAGAAAGAAUCCCCCGCGACCGGCACCCUCGCGUACGAGUUCCGCGCCCUCGAAGCCGUCCUGAUCAGCGUGACGCUCAGCUUGGAGAAGGAAUUCGAAGGCGUCAGCGAGCCCGUCGUCAAAGUGCUGCGCGACCUCGAAGAAGACAUCGACAGAGACAAGCUGCGCUACCUACUCAUCUACUCCAAGAAGCUGGGUAGUUUCGAGCAGAAAGCGCGACUCGUCCGCAACGCCCUCGAGGAACUCCUGGAAGCCGACGACGACUUGUCGGCCAUGUAUCUCAGCGAGAAGGCAGAGGGCAAACUGCGCGACGAGGACAGCCACACUGAAGUCGAGAUGCUGCUCGAAUCGUACCACAAAGUCGCCGACGAAAUCGUUCAGGCAGCUGAGAACUUGGUCUCCAGCAUUCGCAACACGGAGGAAGUCGUAAAAGCCAUCCUAGACGCAAACCGCAACUCGCUCAUGCUCCUCGACCUAAAGUUCACAAUCCUCACCGUCGCAAUCACAGCCGGCACCUUCGUCGCCGCCCUCUACGGCAUGAACCUGAAGAACUUCAUCGAAGAGUCGGACCUGGGCUUCGCCGGCGUGUCCGUCUGGUGCACAGUCUUCGGCAGCAUCGUCGCCAUCUACGGGCUCAAGAAAUUGCGCCAGGUACAGAGAGUCAGCAUGUAUGGCUCCGGCAGCAUUAUUCGCAACUCGGCGAAGGGCAGCGCGUGGGGGCUGGGUGCUUGGGGUGGGAAGGGUGUGCCUGGUGCGGGGAUUGGUGGGAGAGGCGCUAUUGAGGGGGCGGUGGAGGCCGGGGCUGGAGCUGGCAAGAAGGGCGAGUCGUUGGGCGAUUUGAUACAGAGGGAGCGUGCGUUGACGCGGCGGUUGGCCAAGGCUGAGGCGAGGGCUGAUGAUGUGGCGAAGAGCUAG